AUGUCAACUGCACCAGGGCUUUCGUUCGCCAACGUUACGCUGUUGCUGGACGUGCCGCAACUUCCGGCGAUUGUCGCAUCGAACUGUUUCCACAACUAUCGCACACUAUCACGGGAAUUCAGGUUCGUCAUAAACGAAGCAGAAGAUUUGGUCUACCCUUUCAACAGAAUCAACUUGCAAGACAGGAACACGAACAGGAUGGGAAGGCCGAGGAAGUACAACGACAGUGAGUAG